AUGGCAACAGACGAAAUCACACAACGCAUUCUGUGCAUCUCGGACAUUGAUAAAGAACCUGAAGAGAUACUCGCGCCAAUUCAUGGCUAUGAUCAAAUGCUAUUGAUGUCACUCGAAGAAGCCGUACAACCACUCGUUCCUAUUCUACCUGCAGUACAAGAUUAUGCCUAUAUGGCCAAAGAAAAAUACAAGAAACCUGAAGAUGGUUUGACACAAGACGAGUCAGCUUCGAUUAUGCUCUACUCGAUGGGAUGGGAACCACUUGAACAAUGUCUAUAUUUUGCGUUGAAUGCUGCACUUCGAUCAACAGACAGACAAAAACUUGAUCCAUAG